AUGGCCCGCACCAAACAAACCGCCCGUAAGUCCACCGGCGGCAUGCCACCCCGUGUGAACCGGCCUAACGGGCCAGGACCGAACGGCGGCGUCAUCGACAACCCAGAGCUCGACGAGCAAGAAGCAGAGAAGCUCAAGGAGAUCGAGGAAGGCUCCAUGCGAGCGGAGCUGAAGUACAUCGACAAGAAGUUCACCGAGCAGGGCCAGACUUACUAUGCGGAGACCGUGGAGGAGGAGAUUCCAGAGCAAGUCAACUGGUGGUCCAAGUUCGCGCUGUGUCUGGUCCGACAUAUGGCUGGCGACCACAAGCAUCCGUACGUGGCGAAGACGAGUUUGCAGAUCAACUCGCAGCAUUUAAAGGAUGUGCUCAAGGAUACGAUCCAGAACUUCCCGGGCAUCUCGUUUAAUACGAAGGACAUCACCAUUGACAAGCCUUACCGGGUGUUGUUCCAUUACCGCAAGGAGCUGGAGGACGCUGGAGAGGAGUUGGAGGAAGGCUCCGAAGCUGCUGAUCAUCUCGGACUGCUCAUGGACUUCAUAGCGGAGGAGUUUGCCGAGACGAUAGAGGAGACCGAAAACUUGCUGGAGCAAGGCAUGGUUAGUUACCAGCAUCUCUGGACGAUCUUCCGUCCUGGCACGACAACGGUCUAUGCUCCCAUCUUCGGCCAGCCGCGUGCCUUCAAUCUGCUCCAGUACGGCUACAGCUGUGAUCCGCCUGGCUUGGUCCUCACCACGGAGUACGUCGACUUUGACGGCGAAGACAUGGGCACGCGAGGCGCCAGCCGCAUGAUCGCUGCCUUCUCCGGCGCCGAAAAGAUCAGCGACCUCUCCGCCUUCCCGAUGGACUGGCACUCAGCGAAGGCUGAUGUCGAGAAACAGCUCAUCGCUCGCGGACGCCGGUGGGAAGAGCACGCCGGGAUGCACUUUCGCAACUACAAAGGCAUCGCGCUGGAAUACAGCGGCGGCUGCGGAGCAGAUCGGUACAACAUCGACGGUCGUGUGGUCGUCGACACCAAGACUUUCCACCGACUGCAGGCUAAUCUUGCAUUCAAUGUCAGCGCGUUCAAGUCUGAUGAGGAGAAGAGGUCGAAGCGACGACGCAUCCAGGAGUACGAUGCCGACGAUGAGCAUCAGACAUUGGAUCUGCUGCCUGAAGCGAAGCUUGAGAUCGACCCGCUUACGGAUGAGCAAUGUAUGCUUGCGUCCUGCAUGGUCCGCGGCUUCUCGUUCAGCGAGAAGCGCUGGAUCGAGAUGUUCGUCGACAAAUUGAGCCCGGUUGACUGGAACCCGAACUGCUUCGAGCAGCUGGUCUUGCCGGAUGCGCAGAAGGGUCUCGUGAAGGCUCUGGUCUCCACGCAUAUCCAGCAACGCCUCAGCUUUGACGACAUCGUCAAGGGCAAAGGCAAAGGCCUGAUCAUGGUCCUGCAUGGUCCGCCUGGUGUCGGCAAGACGCUCACCGCCGAAACAGUCGCAGAGUACACCAAGCGUCCGCUCUACUCCGUCAGCUCAGGCGAUCUUGGAGUAGAAAGCUCCACCCUCGACGAGCGCCUCAGCCGCAUCCUGGACAUGGCAUCCACCUGGCGCGCCGUCUUACUCAUCGACGAAGCAGACAUCUUCUUGGAACGCCGCAGCCUCCAUGACCUCGAGCGCAACUCCCUGGUCUCCAUCUUCCUUCGCGUGCUCGAGUACUACGAAGGCAUCCUCUUCCUGACCUCCAACCGCGUCAGUACUUUCGACGACGCCUUCAAGAGCCGUAUACACGUACCGCUGAAGUACAACGACCUCACUGUCUCAUCCCGCAAACAGAUCUGGAAGAACUUCCUGGACAAGGCGGGCGGAGAUGUCAAGCUGGACGAUAAAGGGUACGAUGACCUUGCGCAGGCGGACAUUAACGGUCGCCAGAUCAAGAAUGUCAUUCGGACUGCGAAGAGCUUGGCGCAGUUCCAUGGCGAGGCGUUGGACGGGCCGAAGCUACAGCAGGUGAUCAAGAUCCAGGAGGAGUUUGAGCAUGAGCUGGACUUGACGAAUGUGGUUCAUGUUGAGAACGGGACAAUGCCGAAUGGUCGUUGA